AGUAAGUUCACACUCAUGAAACAAAAUAAAGUCGGCGCUUUGUUGUAUUUUAACAGCUAAUUUCUACAAAUUAAUUCAUUUAAAAUAUUCGAACAUUAUUGACAACAAUUAAUUGUUAUUCUUGAUAAUAAAAUGAUCAGUUUGGUAUAACAGUUGUCUUAUGUCAUGGAGUCUUCAGUUAAAGAUCAACAACAGAAACCUCAGAAUGAAUCUAACCUUCAUCCGCCGGUGAUGCAAGAGACAAUAGAACUAACUACAAAUGUUAUCGAGAAAUUAAAUAAAAAUGUCGAAAAAAAAGCGAAGGUUGAGUGGGUCGUCAAGAUACUGAGAGCAGAUUUUUUACAAGAUAGAUUUUUUUGUAUUGUCCAAGAUGGAGGUGAAAAUCUCUUCAAGUGUAUAAUUCCUCUUUCAUUAACUCAGAAAUUUGAAAGCGGGAUCAUGUCUCCAGGGCGAUGUAUUAAAAUCAAAGACUACGGUGUCCUUCGCUAUGCUUGUUCAUCAUUUAAAGAAAAAUAUACCGGUACUAAAAAUUUUAUUUUUGUGAUGGGGGUGGUUGACUUUGAUAUUGCUAAACCAACACUAAAAAAAGUUGAAGAAAAUCCGCCUCUACCAUCUACUUCUAAAGAAAACCCACCUUUGCCAUCUACUUCUGGAGGAAAGCCGCCACUUGCAUCGACAUUUCACAAAAAGCCGGCUCCGUUACCGGUUUCUGGAUCCGCAGUACCUCAAAAUAAUACUCAACCUGGGAGAAAUGUUAUUUCAGUUCAGAAAACUAAUCCAAGUCUCCAAGACCGGCCAAAAAUAGUUCCCAUGCCUCCUCUCCAAGACAUUGUAAAAUUACAUUCAAUCAGAACGAUUGCGACACAAAUGACCAAGUUUUUGUAUGGGACCCUAAAAUUUUUUCCCGAUUCAAUAAGAAGUAAUAAUGCGUUAUAUAUGGUGAUCUCUGAUGACAAUCGAUCUAUGGUUUGCUGGGUUUAUGGCUGGAUCAAAAAUCUUUUUAGAAAAAAAAUGAAGGACGGUCUUAAGAUAAGAGUAAAAAACUUUACAGUAAGGGGGGUCACCAUAAGAAUUAAUCGUUUUCCUCAAUACAAUUUAGAAAUGGUACUAAAUUCAACGACCGAUUUUCAUGUUUAUGAUGGUGAUAAGCCAGUAAUUGUCCACUUGUUUGAUGAAUCAAUCCUAUUUAAACUUGAUCCCAAUGUUAAAGUUAUAACUCAUCGAUAUAGGACCUUGAUGGAUAUCCUUAAUUCUCACACCACCAAGUCUAUUAAUUUCAUUGGAGUAAUUGUUGAUCAAACGUGUGUAAUCCAAACUACAAGUGUCACUGUAAGACGUAUAACAGUUCAAGAUGAGUCAGGAACAGUAGAAGUAGCGUUAUGGAGAAGAGAUGGUGAAAAUUUCAGUAUUCCAAUUGGUCAAAUAAUCAUCGGUCACAAUUUUUAUGUUGAUAGGAAAUUUAGAGUUAAUUUUACACCGUGUUCUAGUGGUCAUACUUUGACUGUCGCUCCAAAAUCUCUUGAUGAAUCAAGAUUACGACAAUGGAUGACAUCUCUUUAUUCAAGUACUAAACGUCCUAUUUACUUUGGUGAACAAGAAGACAGUGAUGAGGAAAAACCAGAGAAAAAACCGGUACAACCGAUAAAACGAGUGCAACCAAUAAAACCAGUACAAUCGAUCAAAUCAAUACAACCGAUAAAAUCGAAAAAACAGAAGAGGAACCUGGAAAAAGAAAGAAAGAGACAACUUAAGAUUAAACGCAGAAGAAUACUUAAAGAAAAAGAAGAAGAAUAUUUUCGUGAAUGUGAAAUGGACGAAAUAAAAGAAAGGAUUGCAGUAGGAGAAGAGUUGGGAUAUUUGCAAGAAGUAAAGAAAAAAAUGGAGAGAAUGGCUAAUCGUUACGUCCAAACUGAUGGACUUUUUGAUCUCGGAGCCAAAAAAGAUUUUAAAACUUGGGCUUUGCCACCGGAAGUAAUUCCAGCUGAAGAGUUACCUCGCAUAGUCGAAAAAAAUAAGAUAAAAAAAAUUUGAUUAGGUUUUCUUUUAUAAGUUUAUAAAUUUUUUAAUUUUUUCUAAUAAAACCAAAUAAUAGUUUCCAUAAACGAAAAUUAAUUUAACAG